AGACGAGGAAACGAAGCAGCUAGCCAAGUUUCUCUGCUCUCUACCCUGCCUUACAAACUUAAAGGUUGAUGAGGAAAAAAUGUACAUGAUGAUUUCUUCGCUGAACUUAAUUCCUUUGCUGCAUCCUCACAGCAACCUUACUUCAGGGAAAAGAAACAUGUCAGAAUGCUACGGAAUUGGUCAGCAAGAAAACGUAAUCGUCAAAAACGUCAACAACGACAACGCAACCAGUGUGAAACACAACAUUCGCCACACCAUGGUCUAGAAGAAGCAACACAGGACACCGCUGUUAGCCAGAGACAGGAAGAUGCAACCCCAAUCGAAACUGAUGACACCUCACUAUCAUCAACAUCUUCAGAAUACAUCAAUUCCCAAACUUCGGUGUAUCAAGGAGGGCUGUUAAUUGGAAUAAAACCAAUCGAUGAGAAUGAUGAUAACCUUGCAAUGCCCUUAACCAGUGGAUUGAGUUGUGCACAAAGCAGAACUGAUGCAGCUCCAGUCGAGAGUGAACAAAUUCCUGAACAUCGCAAACGCAUUUAUAGCGACGACGACGAUGAGGAUGAUGAUGAUGGAGUCAAUGAGAGCCUGGAACAACGUCCACGAAAACGAAGAGCUAAGACGGAUCGUCAACCUACCUCACCUUAGGAUCCUUAGGAUAAAAUGCAAUCGCAUUCUUGAAUAACAUUCAGAGCAGGAUUUGGCAGUAGUCUUACACACACUUAUGGAACAUUUAUUUUAAUUUGACUAGUACUCCCUGAUUUGAUUUCUUGUCAUUCUACCUCAAAACACCUCUUACAUAUAAUAAGUGCAAUCCUUAUAUUUACUAUGCAAACAUUUACAAAUACCGGUACCUAAAUGUUAUCAAUUGUGCAUUACAAGUCAUCAGGUGUGUUUAUUUUCUAUAGGCGUAUAUUUUGAUGAAUUUGCUGUGAGUCUAAAAUGGUGUAGUGCUUAUGAAAACUAGCUUUCUUUUGUAAUACAAAA